UUGGGCAGUGUAUAUUGUCUCAAAAUGUUGGGACUUUGCGCGCCUUUGCCUCUAUUGUUUAUUAUCAAAAAGUGAUAAAUCAAAUGACUUUGCAAUAAUUUUAAUAAAUAUAAAAAUUCCUGUGAACAUUUCGCGUAAGCUUACAUUGAUGUUAUGUGAUAGUGAUUAUUAUUGGUGGACUUUAAAGACCUGUAAGUGAUAAUAAUGUGUAUUUAGAGUUUUUAGAAACAUUGUACAUGGUAAUGAUUGUAACGUUUGCUUCAUUAUAAGCAUAUUAAUUAAGAAAAUGAUAAGACUAAGCGACGUUUGAAUGUCGGCCAUAUUGUCACGCGCGGUAACACGGUGAUGCGCGGCGCGGACGCCACAAUGAGCUCAUUCCUCAUGAACGGUGGAUACCAGCCGCAACCCGAUCCUAAAUUCCCGCCAUCAGAAGAAUACAGCCAAGCGGACUACAUCCCACCCGGAGAAUACUAUCAACAUCAGCACUUACAAUACGGUUACCAACACCAAUAUGCGCCGGUACAGAUCGGAACAGGGUAUGGAUACGGCGGUUACUAUCAUCCAUUGCCUCAGCAUCCGCCCGUCGCUCCACCACCUCGACCACCAGAGCCGUCGCACCCAUCAGAUGCGGAUCAUGGCUACGUUUCUCAUGGAGCUGAACCUGCGCCCGGUCUGGCAGAGCUCGGGUUACGGCUGGAAAGGCAUAUUGAAGAAGCAGCGCCCGCCGGUAGAAAACUACACGCGUUGGGCCGCGAAGGCUCACCUGUGUCUGAAAUGGAUGACGAAAGACUCCUUCUAGAUAGCCCUCCGGUAGAAGACGAUGAUUCCUCUAUUUGUUCGGACAAUACAGAUAGAGUAAUAUAUCCUUGGAUGAAAAAGAUUCAUGUUGCUGGUGCUUCCAAUGGCACAUUUCAACCCGGAAUGGAACCGAAAAGGCAACGAACAGCAUACACCAGACACCAAAUAUUAGAACUCGAGAAGGAAUUCCACUACAAUCGGUAUUUAACACGGAGAAGAAGGAUAGAAAUCGCCCACACUCUAGUCUUGUCUGAAAGGCAAAUCAAAAUAUGGUUUCAAAACAGACGGAUGAAAUGGAAGAAGGAUAACAAAUUGCCCAAUACCAAAAACGUUAGAAGAAAAACGAAUCCAGCCGGAGUCACGACAACGACGAAGGGAGCUACACCAAAGAGUAGAUCUAAUAAGAAUACUAAUAACAAUGAUAAGAAAAAAUCGAACAACAAUGGUCGACCGGAUAGCAUAGAGAAUGUUACUGAUAAUAUAAUGAAUGACUUACAUUGUGUUGGCGCACAGAAUCUAUCGCAUGAUCCGGCGAUUAGUCCUAUGACUCAUCCUGGUAGCCAAAUGACUCCGGGACAUCCGAUGACGCCACAUCAUUUACACAUGAUGGGCUUACACGGUAUGGACCCAAGCAUGGUGGCCAAUCUCUCGGCGCACGGAUCCCCAGUGGGUAACUCCGGCUGUGGCACCGGUAUGAACUCCACCAAUCCACCAGUCAUCAAAUCGGACUACGGACUGACCGCCUUAUAAUCCUUAUAAAUGUAUAAAAAAGAAUACUAUAUUUUCAUUAAUGAACUUUCCGCGAUUCUUACCAUUCCCUUGUGUCGAUAAUGUAAUAAAGUGAUUUAAUUUUUAUUAUUUAAGAUUUAUUUUUAAUUAUGUAAGAGUAAGUAUAGAUUAACCAGUCAUUAUUGGAUGUUUGCAUAACUAAGUGGAAAACUUUACAAUGUCAAAAAGUGUGAUUAUUUUAGUGUAGGUUUAGAUGUUUUUGGAUUUGUACGUUUCCUACAAGUCAUUGUCCUUAUAAACUCACUUUUAGGACUAAUGUUUGAUUGCUUUGUCAACGUGCUUAGUUGACGUGUAUUUAACUUAGUUACCAAUAUAGUUGUGUAAAAUAAUUGUAGA